GGGGGCGGAUCCAGGCCCAAGGGCAUCCUGGAGACUCGGUCCCCUCUGUCCCCUCCCUACUCGAGGGCAGUUCCGUGGCCAAGGCAGGGACGGGGCAGGGGCGGGGUGGAUAGAGGCGCUGGUUGGGGCGGGGCUGCAGAUCUGUCCCUGGGAAGGUUCCUGGCGGGCUGGCAGCUCUGGAGAACAGCAAGGCCUGACAGGCUGCUCCCCGCAGAGGACUUCCUGUACCAGUAUAAGCCCCGCUGCUACUACACCAACGGGACGCAGCGCGUGCGGAUCCUGGAGAGCGUAAUCUACAACCGGGAGGAGUACGCGCGCUUCGACAGCGACGUGGGGGAGUACCGCGCGGUGACCCCGCUGGGGCAGCGGCAAGCCGAGUACUGGAACAGCCAGAAGGACUUCAUGGAGCAGAAGCGGGCCGAGCUGGACACCGUGUGCAGACACAACUACCCUAUAGCUGAGGCAAUAGCCUUGCACCAGCGAGUGGAGCCUACAGUGACCAUCUCCCCGGCCAAGACAGAGGCCCUGAACCACCACAACAUGCUGGUCUGCUUGGUGACGGAUUUCUAUCCAGCCCACAUCAAAGUCCGCUGGUUCCGGAAUGACCAGGAGGAGACAGCUGGCGUCGUGUCCACCCCCCUGAUUAGGAACGGGGACUGGACCUACCAGAUCCUGGUGAUGCUGGAAAUGACCCCCCAGCGAGGGGACAUCUACACCUGCCGGGUGGAACACCCCAGCCUCCAGAGCCCCCUCACAGUGGAGUGGCGGGCACAGUCUGGAUCCGCCCAGAGCAAGAUGCUGAGCGGCAUCGGGGGCUUCGUGCUGGGGCUGAUCUUCCUGGGCCUGGGCCUUGUCAUCCGUCACAGGAAACAGAAGGGGCUCCUGCGCUGACUCCUGAGGGUGUUUUGUCUGGGAUUGGCUGUGUUUCUUCUGAAAUGCCUGCUUGUUGUCUUCACGCAGAUUUCCCAGCUGCCUGUGAGCCUGCUCCCUCUGAGAUCAGAGUCCUAGUUACUCUGAUGCAGUCGGCCAGGCAUCUCCUGUGACCCCCCUCGAGGCCAUGGCUGUGAGCUUGGAGUCUGUCCUGUGGGCUGCCAGCUGAGUCUACUCAAGGCUCCCAAGGCAUUUUACUUUUGUUCCUCCCUUCCCUGCCCCUGCCACUGUCCAACAGAAGCACAUUAAAGCCUUUACCUGACUCCAGAGCUUUUGUCAUAAUUAAACAUGUUAUCUGUA